UGAAAUUGCGUAACUGUUCCUUUAAGCCGGUGCGGAAGUAGCCGCGGCAGCACGGGGCAGAAGGUCAGGUCGGUCCUCCGGUGAAUUUCCACAGCAGAGAGCUGCGCUGUCAGCCGGGCAUGCCGCGUCCUCUGUAGGGUUCUGAAGGUUCCGAAGAUGUCCGGGUCCGGGUCCAAAUGCGUCCGGCUGAGCGGGCCGCUGGUGAAGCCGCUGCUGGACUCCGUGGACUGCGUCCUGUUCGACUGCGACGGCGUGAUCUGGCGGGGGAACCAGGCGGUGGCCGGGGCCCCGCAGGUCAUCAACCUGCUGAAGGAGCGCGGAAAGCGGGUCCUGUUCGUCACCAACAACAGCACCAAGACCCGGAGCAUGUACGCGGAGAAGAUGUCUGCGCUGGGCUUCAACGUCACGGAGGACGAGGUGUUCGGGACGGCGUUCUGCUGCGCCGCCUACCUGCAGACGGUGUGCGCGCUGCGGGGCAAGGUCUACCUGCUGGGCAGCGCCGCCAUGCAGCAGGAGCUGCAGGCCGUGGGCAUCCAGCACGUCGGCGUGGGACCCGACCACGUCUCCGGGACGCAGCAGGACUGGGCCAACGUGCCGCUGGACCCGGACGUCAAGGCGGUGGUGGUCGGCUUCGACGAGCACUUCAGCUACAUGAAGCUGAACCGAGCCCUGCAGUACCUGCUCCAGAACGACUGCCUGUUCGUCGGAACCAACAGGGACAGCAGGCUGCCUCUGGAGGGGGGCAAGGCUGUUCCAGGUACGGGCUGCUUGCUGCAGGCCGUGGAAGCCGCAGCCCAGCGCCAGGCCCAGACGGUGGGCAAACCCAGCCGCUUCAUGUUCGACUGCCUGGCGGCCCGCUUCGGCGUGCAGCCGGAGCGAUGCAUGAUGGUCGGGGACCGCCUGGACACGGACAUCCUGCUGGGCUCCAACUGCGGCCUGAAGACCCUGCUGACGCUGACGGGGGUCAGCACCGUGGCGGAGGCCGAGGCCCACCGGGCCAGCGGCUGUGCGGGGAGGCAGGGCAUGGUACCUGAUUACUACGUGGAGAGCAUCGCCGACCUGCUGCCAGCCCUGCAGGGAUGAUGCCAGAGCCGUCUGGGUGCGCCGCCUCCAAGAAGGGAAUCUUUUAUCAUUUGAGUCGGCUCUGGUCUCUUUUAUUUAACCCGUUGCUUUUAAGCUGCUGUCCAGUAUUGCUUCUGUGGGUUUAGGUGUUAAUGAUGCUCAUUUCAGGAAGCACUUUGCCCCGCUGGCCUCCCUCCGGCCUGUGAUGUCACUUCCUGUUCAGUAACUCUGUGUUGGUGUGUAACGUGUUCAGAAAUGUUCUGUUUGCUCUGAUCAGCGGGACAUUUCCUCACAGGUUCUGUCACCCAUUCCUGAAACGGGCAGUAAAGAGAUGUUUGUGUGUAAAGUCUUAGCAUCCACAAUAAAACCAACUAUUUUCACUAAAA